AACACUUAACCCCUCCCCUCAUUUUGCAUAACCAAACACAAAAUUUGCAUUUUCUUCCUAAUCAUGUGCGAAAGUUUGAGGCUAAAGUACCAGUUGUGCGAAGAAAUCGGGCGUGGAAGGUUCGGCACCGUCUACCGUUGUUUUUCUCCGGUCACCGGAGAAUCUUACGCCUGCAAGACGAUUGAGAAGAAUCUGCUCCUUGAUUCCACCGACCGGGAGUGUCUGGAGAAGGAGCCGAAGAUUCUUCAAUUUCUCGCCGGAGAUUCGAAUAUUCUCCGGCUGGUGGAUAUCUACGAGGACGAUAAUUAUCUCCACGUGGUGACGGAGCUCUGCGCCGGCGGCGAUCUGUACGAGCGGGUGGUGGCGCGGGGGGCGUUGCCGGAGGCGGAGGCGGCGGGGAUUUUCCGGCAGCUGAUGUCGGCGAUUGGGCGGUGCCACGUCACCGGGAUUGCCCACCGGGACGUGAAGCCGGACAAUGUGUUGUUCGAUUCGGAGGGGAAUCUGAAGCUGGCGGAUUUCGGGUCGGCGGAGUGGUUCGGAGGGUACGAGGAUCGGAUGAUGAAUGGGGUGGUGGGGACCCCGUACUACGUGGCGCCGGAGGUUUUGAUGGGCCGAGAUUAUAACGAGAAGGUGGACGUGUGGAGUGCGGGGGUUAUUCUGUAUAUAAUGCUCGCCGGAGCUCCGCCGUUCUUCGGCGAGACGCCGGCGGAGACUUUUGAGGCGGUGUUGAGGGCCAACCUGAGAUUUCCGACUAGACUUUUCCGGUCGGUUUCGCCGGAAGCUAAAGAUCUGCUCAGAAAGAUGAUGUGCAAGGACCCUUAUAGACGCUUGUCUGCAGAACAAGUCUUAAGGCACCCAUGGGUGAUGAGUGGAGGAGAGACAAGAUGAAUAUAAAGACUAAAGUACAGAAUGAAGUAUUAGUGUGGGGUUGCUGUAUAUACAGUUAUAUACACCAGACCACUGGUUAUGGCAGUCAAUGGUUUGAACUCUGUAGACAAGAAUGAAGAAGGAGAAGCAGAGGGAGAAUGGAAAUAUCCCAGUUUAUAAGGGCCUAGUUAUUCCCCUUGCCCAUCUCCAUAUAAAAAUGUAUAUGUAUAUUUCUACACUUUUGUGGGGUAGAAUACUACAAUCUGAGGCUGUAUACAUAUUAGAAUGAGUGAAUCUCUAUAUGUAUAGACAAAACUAGAAGAAUAAAAGCGUCGUUGUAAAGAUACAUGAUGCUCCACUUAGACAUGAAUCCAUUAUGGCUUUUCCCCUGCCUUUUGUGAUUCCGCAGUAUUAAAUUUUACUCUUUCACUUUUACCAUUAUAUAAUAAAUAAAAAUAUGAUAUUUUUAGCA